AUGGUGAUUGAGAAGUUCAGAGAGCAGGCCUUAGUUUUUAAUGACCCUGACUUCCAGCACGAGGAUUUGAACUUCCUGUCCCGUAGCCAACGCUAUGAGCAAGCCAUCAGGAAGAGCUCUCUGAUGGUUAUGAAGUUAAGAGAAUAUGGAAUUGCAGAUCCGGAGGAGAUCUACUGGUUUAAAAGCUUUGUUCAUCGUGGACGGCCUGAGCCUCUGGACCUUCAUCUGGGCAUGUUCCUCCCCACCCUUCUCACCCAGGCAACCCCAGAGCAGCAGGAUCGCUUCUUCAUGCCUGCCUGGAACCUGGAGAUCAUUGGCACUUAUGCCCAGACUGAAAUGGGCCAUGGAACUCAUCUUCGGGGUUUAGAAACUACAGCUACUUACGACCCUGCUACCCAGGAAUUCAUCCUCAACAGCCCCACAGUGACCUCCAUAAAGUGGUGGCCAGGUGGACUUGGAAAGACUUCAAACCACGCCAUUGUUCUGGCUCAGCUCUACACUCAGGGCCAGUGCAAAGGACUGCAUGCCUUCAUUGUUCCCAUACGGCAGCUGGGCACCCAUGAACCUUUGCCAGGUAUUACAGUGGGUGACAUUGGGCCAAAAUUUGGUUACGAUGAAAUGGAUAAUGGCUACCUGAAAAUGGACAACUUCAGAAUUCCUCGGGAAAACAUGCUGAUGAAAUAUGCCCAGGUUGAACCAGAUGGCACUUAUGUGAAACCACUUAAUGACAAGCUCACCUACGGGACCAUGGUGUUCAUCCGGUCUCUCAUUGUAGGCGAUUCAGCUCGCUCCCUGUCCCGGGCUUGUACAAUUGCCAUCCGUUAUAGCGCAGUGAGACACCAGUCUGAGCUAAAGUCAGGGGAACCAGAACCCCAGAUCCUGGAUUAUCAGACCCAACAAUACAAACUCUUUCCUCUCCUGGCAGCAGCAUAUGCUUUUCACUUUGUAGGAGCCUACAUAAAAGACACCUAUCGUCGUAUUAGUGGAGACAUCAGUGAAGGGGAUCUGAGCGAGCUGCCAGAGCUGCAUGCUCUGACAGCAGGGUUGAAGGCAUUCACUUCCUGGUCUGCCAAUGCUGGUAUUGAGGAAUGUCGGAUGGCAUGUGGUGGGCAUGGGUGCAGUGGGAUUCCUGACAUCUAUGUCACAUUCACCCCAUCCUGCACCUAUGAGGGAGAAAACACAGUCAUGAUGCUGCAGACAGCUAGGUUCCUUGUCAAAAGCUACAACCAAGUUAGUUCUGGGCAGCAGGUUACUGGCAUGGUGUCCUACCUUAACGAUCUCUCCAGGCAACGCAUUCAGCCACAGCAUGUGGUUGCUAGGACUGUGACUGUGCGGAUCAAUGAUCCAGUCAGCUUGGUAGAGGCCUACAAAGCACGUGCUGCCCGGCUUGUAGAAGCUGCAGCAAAGAAUUUGCAAGCUGAACUAAACCACAGAAAGAGCAAGGAGGAUGCCUGGAACAGAACUUCUGUUGACCUUGUGCGAGCAUCUGAGGCACACUGUCACUAUGUGGUAGUGAAGCUUUUCACAGCAAAGCUCUCUGAGAUCAGUAAUGCAGCUGUCCGUGCUGUCAUGACUGAGCUGUGUCUCCUGUAUGCACUGUAUGGCAUCAAUAAGAACACAGGGGAUUUCUUGCAGGCGGGUAUUCUGACCAAUGCCCAAAUUACUCAAGUGAACCAGUAUGUGAAAGAGCUCUUAGCUAUAAUUCGUCCCAAUGCAGUAGCGCUGGUAGACUCAUUUGACUUUCAUGAUGUUCAUCUUGGAUCUGUGCUUGGCCGGUAUGAUGGCAAUGUCUACGAGAACAUGUUUGAGUGGGCAAAGAAAUCCCCACUGAACAAAACAGAGGUUCAUGAGUCUUUCCAUAAACACCUGAAGCCGAUGCAAGCCAAGCUGUGAAGCCUGCUGGUUUUUUAAAAUGCACAUUUUUCCUGACCUGAAAACUGGGUGUUUGCGACCUUUCUUCAGGCACCUAAAUCAAAACUUUAAAAUCCUGGUAGCUGUAGGACAGUGAAUAAUUGUAGCCUUUUUUUCCACUUUUAUAAAUCGAGGAGGUGUUUGGGGAGAAUGCGUAGGGAUUGUUGCCUGUUUCUAAAGUGCAAUUAUAAUGGUAAAAUUAACCUUUUAAAAAUCUGGGAAAGCUUUAUGGAUUCAUACAAGGAUUGCUUUUGUGAAGUUGCUGAGUAGAGAGAAGUUACUGUCAACUGGAAAGGUAGCAGGAUUUUACUACUAAGUAGUUAACAGCCCUCAGGCAAUAGCUUCCAAUGAGAAGUUAUGUCCUCCCCCCAAAAAGCAUCAAUGUUUUGAUUUUUUACUUUUUUUUUUAAGAACAUCACCACCUCUCUCCUUGUUUGGGAAAUAUUUAUGCUGUCUAAAGCCUCCUGCAUAGUUUUGUGCACAUGAAUCUGCAUGUGGCACUGCUUUCCUGACGUAGCUGAGAAGUCAAUACCCAUCCUUCUCUGGAGCUCUGCUUCAUUCAUCUUUCCAGAAGACAUCUUCAUGUUUUCCAACGCAUCCUUCUUCCACUGCCCUGCAGAAACUCCUUUUGCCUGUGUGCCAUCUCCAACACUGGCACCUCGCUCGUUGUUAAUAAGAAGUCAAAGGAGAAUACAGUGAUGCUGCUCUGAGGGGAAAAAACAAGUAGUAAUAAUCAGCUAGGUGCUGAUAGUAGAUGUUCUGCCCUUCUUUUAACUGUUAGUAUUUUUGUAGCACUAUCUCAAAGCACUUUACAAAUGUUAAUUAUGGUGAUUUGAUGUGAAAAACCACAUGUAGUGGUAGAAACUGCAAAUUUGACCUGGAAUGAUGAAGCCAGUAUUUGAGGGCAGAAAUCAGUUGACCAAAGUCCUUGGGUCUUCAGAUUGUUCUGGAGUGUUCUUCUGGUUUUUAAAGGCAUUCUUCGAGAAAAUGACAAUCCCAAGUGGAGUGUCUAGUUUGUUUUGUUUUCCUACACAUGCAUUUCCAAGGAGCUUUCUUCAAUUUGCUUAGUUUUGGUUUUAUAUUGACUUGGGACUUGCACAGUGCUGUCUGGAUUAACAGAUGAAAGAUUUAGCUUUUAACAGAACCUCCUGAUGCCCCGUGAAAUAGCAAAAUCAUUCCUGUUUUUCAGUAACAAUAAAACCUCUCUUCACAACAGGUAAGAGCAACUUUGAGCUUUAAGAUGGUAAAAAGCUUCAGCGUAAACCCAAAUCCUGCAUUUCUAAGGCAAGAUCUGAGAAGCUGUUUCUCUGACAGCUUUGGUAGCUGUUAAAGUCUCUAAUUUUGGAUCAGUUUUCAUGGAGGAGUUUUUCCUGGCACUAACAAUGAUCAGACACCAUAUUUGGCUCCACACGCAGUAGCUGAACAGAAAGAAAUGUUUAAUUUUAAAUAAAAUAAUCAAACUUGCCUUUUGACUGCUGAGUCUUUCAGGUUGAAUGGAACCACUGCUGUUCAGGCUACUGAAGGAGGCAAAGGGCUUUGCCUUGCAUUUAUCCAACAGAGCAGACUGCUGACCUGGGGAGGGAUGAGCAGAGGAGAUGGUUAAAAAUAUGUUAAUGAGAGCAGUACUAGCUACUGUAUGUACAGAUUUAAUAAAUCACAAAAAAUGUGUUUUCAGACAAAAUUUCUUUCUUUCAUGCAUUGCCUUCAGUGGAUCUCAUUUAAAGUAAUGGGUGAAGUAGAACGAAGUGUUCAAAAGACCUCAAACGAGUUGGAUUUUGUCUUGCUUCUAGGCUGACCUUUCUGGCCUAGCUCUGCAGCAUUCGAGGGCAGCUGGCCCUGUCCGGCUGCUCUCCUCGCCUCUGCUGCUGCUCACAACCACAGGAGGAGUAAAACUGGCAGAGAGCGAAGCUGCCUGGUGCAGAGGCCAGCAAAAGCUGAUCGUUGCCAGCAGCAAAGAUUUAACUGUAGUGUUUGGCAGCAGCAGCAUUAAUUCAUAGCAGCUAUUUCUUUAAACUAGUUUCUCCCUGGUUUUUUGGAGUACCUAAUGAUGUAACUGCGAAUGCUGUACUUCCCUGCUAUUGCUGAGGAUAUUGUACACUUGGGUUUUUUUAUCUGUGUGGCAUUCAGCUAUUGCCACUACCUGGUGUGACUUGUCGUCUCUCAUGGUCAGCAAACAGCAUUUAAACUCUUGACAAAAUGUGGUGGUACCAUUUCCACGAGGGUUGAGCCUCUUCCACUUCUUCUUGAAAAUUGCUGAAACGAGCGGUCUGUGACCAUGGUUUCCAGUCUGAUUUGAACAAUUGACUCUUAAAAUGCUGCCUUUUGGGAAAGACUUCAGAAGGAGCCCACGUUCCCAUAUGGACUGGUGGCAUGCAUGGUGAAAACCGCUGGUAGGUGGGUCCCCAGGUUAUAAAAUCUCAAAAGCAGACAUUUCCCCAGGGAUCUUGUGGAAGUAACAACUCAAGUACAAGCAAGCAAGGCAGGAGCAGGGCUGGCUUUGUCUUGUACCCAGCUUUGGUAAGCGUGAGCU